ACCCCACACCAUUUGAAAAAAAACUAUUAUUAAGACUCACUCCCCCACACCUUUCCCUUGUUGGGUUCCUCUCAGCCCUAUCUGCCCCUGACAGAGAGAGCGAACCUCCAUUGGUGCCCUUUAUUAACUCCCCAAUUCAAUUGAUUCCUCGCUCGCUCACAAUGAAGCGCUACAGGAACGGCGAAAUCUGGGAUUUCGAGGAACAAAUGCCGGUCUCCGACGCCGCCCGUGACGUCAUUCUCGGUUUGGACGGCGGCACAACCUCCACCGUCUGCAUUUGCAUGCCUCUUUUGCCCUUCUCCGAUCCUCUGCCCGACCCGGUUCCCGUUUUGGCCCGCGCCGUCGCCGGCUGCUCCAAUCACAACAGCGUCGGCGAGGCUGCUGCGAGGGAAACAUUGGAGCAAGUGAUGGCGGAGGCGCUUGCGAAAGCCGGUUCGAACCGGUCGGCGGUUCGGGCUGUUUGUUUAGCGGUUUCGGGUGUUAAUCAUCCUUCAGAUCAGCAGAGGAUAUUAGAUUGGCUUAGGGAUAUAUUCCCCAGUGAUGUGAGGCUGUAUGUUCAGAAUGAUGCUGUGGCGGCUUUGGCGUGUGGAACUAUGGGAAAGCUUCAUGGGUGCGUUCUGAUUGCUGGCACCGGCACCAUUGCGUAUGGAUUCACUGAAGACGGUAGAAAUGCUCGGGCUGCUGGCGCAGGACCUACCUUAGGUGAUUGGGGAAGUGGAUAUGGAAUAGCUGCACAGGCGUUAACCGCGAUCAUAAGGGCCCAUGACGGUCGUGGUCCGCAUACAGCACUUACCUCUAGUAUUUUAGAGAAGCUUGGUCUUUCUUCUCCAGAUGAACUCAUCGGGUGGACGUAUGCAGAUCCAUCUUGGGCUCGCAUUGCAGCACUUGUUCCAGAGGUUGUAUCUUGUGCAGAGGCUGGUGAUGAAGUCGCAAAUAAGAUCUUGUUUGAUUCAGUUGAGGAGUUGGGGUUAAGUGUGAAAGCUGUUGUUCAAAGACUUGACUUGUGUGGCCCAGAUGGAAAAGAUUCUUUUCCCCUUGUCAUGGUUGGUGGUGUUCUUGAAGCAAAUAAGAGGUGGGAUAUAGGAAAGGAAGUGAUUAGAUGCAUCUCCAAGGACUACCCAGGGGCAGUUCCAAUUAGACCUGAGGUGGAGCCUGCAGUUGGGGCAGCAUUGUUAGCAUGGAACUGUUUGAUGAAAGAAUCUGUUAAAGAAGCCUUCAAGUGCUGACAAUCGAUGAUUUUAUAUAAACUCAAUUGUAUAGUGGGAAGGAUCAAUAACGAAGUGAAAGGGAAACAGACAGCUUGAAAUCAAAAAUGGAAGUCAUUAUCAAUAUAUUUUUUUUGGUUGAAGUCAUUACUCAUCUUCAAUAUUUUUCUACGUAGUACUAGUUACCCAUCUAGCCUAAUGUUAGUAAGGCUAAUUUUUCAAUAUAUCAGUUGCCGAUUCUGGAUACUGUGCGUUUGCAUGUAAAAGUAUCUCCGUUUAUAGUGAUGUGAAAGAAAUUCUUGCAAGUAAUGGCAAGAGCCCCUCGUGUGCUUUGUUGCUUUGUGAAAGAAAAAAAGAUUUUGCUGGUGCAAUAUUUCAGUCCCUUGUGGCCUUGUCUUGCCGAAGUGAAUUUUCAUGACACAGACAUGUGGUUUUACUAUUUAAGUGAUCAACUUCCAGACAUGAAUGUAUUGCGACUCGGAACGUUCUUCACGGAGUUGAACUGUGGCUGGCAAGGCCGAUUGGGACUCAUCAAGGAUUUAUGAGGAUACCUUAUGGUCUGCUACAAACAAACACAAGAACAUGACUCAUCAAGCAUUUAAGAGACAACGAGAGGUCGAGAUAGAUAGCAUGCAAGAACAAGAAACCGAGUUCGAUUACGUCUCCAAUCACACCAACAAUACCUUCACCAUUUUGGAUGCAUUCACCAUCGGCAACUAUAUAUACCCCUCAAACCAUACCUAGCAGAGCAACAACUACUCGAGCUCUCGUAAAUAAAGAAGCUCAAGUACAUCAAUCGACUAGCAGUCCGCAAUCUCAAACAUAUCAAAAUGAUGAAGGUGUUGUUGUAGCAGUGAUGGUGGUACUAGCCGUUUUGGUCUUGGCAGCGCGAGCGGAGGCGUCUGUCAGUUGUGAGCAAGUAGAGUCAUCCCUAGCCCCGUACCUUGUUGCAGAGGCGUGACGUCUCUCAAACAUAUUACUCCAUCCACUAAAGACAGGCUUGAAGCCUGUGAAUGCAUUAAGAGUUUAAGACCGCUGCGAGUCACUUCCAAAACAUCAGGGAAUACGCCACCGUUGGACUUCCCGCGGAGUGUCACAUCAAAACCGACAUUCCCAUCUCCAAGAAUGUUAACCGCAAUGAGCAAGUCUUUUUCUUGUACAUUAACGCUCGUAAUCUUUUAUAUUCACUUCGGAAUUAAGUCGAGGUGAUGUAGUGUUAUUAUUGCUAAUGCUUUUGUUUUCUGGGGACAAUGUUGAGCAAAAUCAAGGCUACAGAUCGAAUUUAAAUAAAGAGAACAAGUAUGGGGGGAUUGCUAUCUUGUCAACGGCUACCACCCUAGCUUGGUUGAAUGUGGUCAAGAUAUGGUUCUCACUAGAGAGCCAUGCUCUGUACUUAGUUUAUUCAGCUACUUGUUGUGUAUGAGAUAAUGCUGUCUUUAAUAAAAUAAGAAAAUUUUAAUUAA